GCGUGUUAUGACUCCUCUCACACGGCGCUGCCCCAGCCGCCGAGCCGAGGCUGCGCUCGAUCACAGGCCCCUCGGAGCCACCCCGGCGCCCGCGGCUCCCUCUCACUCUCCCCCCGGCCCCGGCCCCGGCCCAGCCCGCGACAUGCAGGCCGUCCUGCUGCCCUCUGACAGCGAAGGCGACGACACGGGCGCCCGAGCGCUGCUGGCUCUCAAGUCGGCGCCUUGCAGCCCGAGCCGGCACGGCGGUCAAAUCAAGGCCGGCGUCAUGCGCUGGGAGCUAGGCCUCGACCCGCAGGCCCCGCCCGACGCCGCCGUCGCCAAACUCGAAGGCCGCGACUUUGAGUACCUGAUGCGGCAGCCGUCGGUGACGAUCGGCCGCGACUCCAGCCAGGGCCCGGUGGACGUCAACAUGGGCCACUCGAGCUUCAUCUCCCGCCGCCACCUGCAGAUCGCCUUCCAGGAGCCGCACUUUUACCUCAGGUGCCUGGGCAAGAACGGCGUGUUCGUGGACGGCGCCUUCCAGAGGCGGGGAGCGCCGCCGCUGAUGCUGCCGCGACAGUGUAUGUUUCGUUUUCCCAGCACUGUGAUAAAGAUUACAUUCACAUCGCUUUAUAGCAAACAAGAGGUGAAAGAGGAACAGCCAGCAUCUCCCAUCCGUCCACUCUGCCCGCAGAUCUCACCGCUCAAGAUUAACAUUCCCGAUCCAAACAUCGACUUGGUCAGCCCUAUCCCAUCUCCCACCGGCACCAUCAGUGUUCCCAAUUCCUGUCCUGUGAGCCCACGAGGUGCCGGCUCCUCUGGUUACCGCUUUGGACGCAACAUCACAAGAGAUCUACAGCUAGCUGCAGCGUUUGCCGAGAAGGCGGCAUCCGAGCAACAGGCAGAAACAUCUGGUGGUGAUAGCCCCAAGGAUGAUUCAAAACCCCCGUAUUCCUAUGCACAGCUGAUUGUGCAGGCCAUAUCUUCUGCUCAAGACAAGCAAUUAACACUAAGCGGCAUCUAUGCACAUAUCACGAAGCAUUACCCUUACUACAGGACAGCUGACAAAGGAUGGCAGAAUUCCAUCCGCCACAACCUCUCUUUAAAUCGGUAUUUUAUCAAAGUGCCACGGUCGCAGGAAGAACCAGGAAAAGGGUCGUUCUGGAGAAUUGACCCAUCAUCAGAAACAAAGUUAGUGGAACAGGCAUUCCGAAAACGCAGGCAGCGAGGGGUGUCGUGUUUUAGGACGCCUUUUGGACCCAUCUCCUCCAGGAGUGCCCCUGCUUCUCCUAGCCACCCAGGUCUUCUCUCUCCUCAUUCAAGUGGAUUGCAGACACCUGAAUGUUUGUCUCGUGAAGGAUCGCCUAUCUCUCACGACCACGAUUUCACGAGCUCCAAGCUGGCAUCAGUGCCAGAGGUUCGUUACUCUCAAAGUGCACCAGGUUCCCCCGUUAGUGGUCAGCCUGUUAUAAUGGCAGUGCCUCCCCAACCACCUGGUGUUGUAAAAUCUGUGGCCUACAUGCCUGCCUCCCUAAUAACUUCCCCACAGUCUUCUGGCCAUGCCAUUCACGUGCUUCAGCAAGCUCCCACUGUAACCAUGGUCAGAGUGGUCACCACAUCAGCUAACUCCUCAAAUGGUUACAUCCUAACUAAUCCGAGCCACAUCGGUGGGCAGAUUAUACAAGAUUGUUCCAGUGAACAGAAAGGAGUCCUUGAUGAUAAAUCCCUUAUGACAUUUACCAAUGUACCGACUGGCAGUCGAGUGAUUCAGACAGUAAGCAGCCAAUUGGCCCAACAUGUACCCGGGCAGAUGGUCACCAUCUUGCAACAAGCACCAGCAACUUCCAUGGGACAGCACCAACUUCCAGUGAAGGCAGUAACUCAGAAUGGCAAACAUGCUGUUCCUGUAACAAGCCUUCAAGGAAAUACUUACACCAUCACUAAUCCACUACAGAUCCUGGCUGCACAGGCUACAUCUUCCUCGCCUGUAGUUGUGACCAAGCAUAUUGUCACAGAACUGCAACAUUCAGCUUCGUCCGUGGCCGAGCCAGACGCCAAGCGACCUAAGAUGGAAGAGUCGGCUGGGUCAGGUUCCAGUCUUGCUGUGAUCACAUCAACUCCACAGAUGCAGGGUACAAGCGACUAAAGCAAACCGGAAUCAAGGAAACAGGUUACAUUGGCGAGGAUAUUCUCGGGUGUUCC